UCUAGAUCUCAGACAUACGAGACAUAAAUCAUUACAGAUGGGUGCUUAUUCAAAGAGAAAAAUAUAUAUCUCAAAUUUAUGAUAUUAUAGAGCCAACUGAAAAUGGAACCAUUGCUAACAGGUGGUGUGUUUCGCUAAUACUGGAAUACUUUCUUUUGUUCAAGUAGAACACCAUAUCUGUUGAGAAUGAAGAGUUCAAACCGUAGUCCCAACGCCAUCAACAAACUCUGUUUCUCUCAACCUUUUCAGUUUUCACUAUAUAUUUUAGCAGUUGUAAACAAACACAGAAUUCUCCUAAAACCUCUCUCAAUCUUCCAUCCAAUACAUUUGCACCUUCCAAUUUGUUCACAUCCAUAUACAUAAGGAGGAGCUCUAGCCCUGUUCCAUUUAAGCAGCUGACAUUAAACCCGAGAGGAAAAAGCAAAGCAGGUAUUUCUGUCUCAAUAAGCCUGCUCUUCAGCUCUUCCUCGUGAUACAUACACAAUGACCCUUCCUAUACUUUUCAUUCUAUUUCUCUCCAUUUCCUUCACCGAAUCGAAGCUCACUGUGGACUACUACAAGAAAACAUGCCCCGAUUUCCAGAGAAUAGUCCGGGAGACGGUAACCCUGAAGCAAUCUGCACAACCCACCACAGCAGCAGGCACUCUCCGCGUCUUCUUCCAUGACUGCAUGGUGGAGGGCUGUGAUGCAUCAAUACUCAUCGCUUCAAACCAUUUCAACGUGGCAGAGCGCGACGCUGAGAUAAACCACUCCCUCUCUGGAGAUGCCUUUGACCUUGUGACCCGCGCCAAGACAGCCCUUGAGCUCACCUGUCCCGGCAUUGUGUCAUGUGCUGACAUUCUUGCAGAAGCAGCACGAGACUUGGUGAUAAUGGCGGGUGGUCCAUACUACAAAGUGCGAUUGGGACGAAAAGAUGGACUUGUUUCCAAAGCUUCAAUGGUGGAGGGGAAUCUAGCCAGAGCUAACCAAACUUUGGAUUCCAUCAUCAACCUCUUUGCUGCUAAAGGGUUUACAGUGGAAGAAAUGGUUGCCUUAACCGGUGCACACACAAUCGGGUUUUCCCACUGCAAGGAAUUCACAGACCGACUCUUCCAUUACAGCAAAACCACACCAACGGACCCAGAGCUCCACCCAAAGUUAGCUGAAGGAUUGAAGAGGACUUGUGCCAAUUACACAAUAGACACGACCAUGUCUGCCUUUAAUGAUGUCAUCACACCAGGCAAGUUUGAUAACGUCUACUAUCAGAAUCUUAAGAGGGGGCUGGGGCUCUUGUCUUCAGAUCAUGCCCUGGUGAAGGACCCAAGAACAAGGCCUUUGGUUGAGCUCUACUCUACAAACCAGGCAGCAUUCUUCAAAGCUUUUGCUCAUGCCAUGGAGAAGAUUAGUAUUCAUGAGAUCAAGACCGGCCGAAAGGGAGAGGUGAGGCGCAGGUGUGAUGUCUUUAACUCUAUUAGCGCUUAGAU